AUGCCCGACUUAUUCGACAACUUCUUUGGAAAGAUCUCACAGUCCAUCACUGGCAAGUCUCCCACCCACUAUGGUAUGAAUAACCAGGUCAAUUCAGGUAGAUUCUACAGUUACCACGAGAAUGGCACCAAUAACAAGUCGUGGAUGACACUGGCAGAAAUUAAAGAAUCCUUUGCUGAAGCAGACAACAUGCAGCAAGUAAAGCCCAGAAUGGGGUCUGUGAGUUCGAUGGACUCCGAGCCUAAAUCUCGGAAUAGCAGCAUUUCGGAGUAG